AUGCCUGGAAGACCAACUAUUAAAAGGAAGAUGGAUGGCACAAAAAAUAAUGGCAGAACACAGACAAAGAAGAGUAAGAAGUCAACUGCCAAUAAUGGCACCAAGAAGGUUUCCAAAAGUGGAAAGGGGGUUGAAGGAGAACUCCAGGAAGAUAUACAAUUCACCCCAUUUGAGGUGGUAGAAACUCAAACACAGGCAAGACAAGUUCAAGCUAAGGUGGAUUUACAUGAAUUGUCUGAUGAGGUGCUACUUGAAGAGGCAUUAAAUGAGGUGGAUGUUCAAGAGGCAGUAGUGGAGGUGGGCGUUCAAGACACAGCAGAGGAGGUGCAAGUUCCAGAGGUCCCAGUAGUACCACACAUUUCUGACUUGUUGAAGAGUAUGAGAAAAAGAAAGUCGAAUAGAAUCUUGAAGUUGAAGUUGGGUAAAAGAGUUGGUAAUGAUGGUGAUCCAGGGAAUUCAAAGGAAAAAUCUCUAAAUAUAGAGUAA